AUGCCUGGCAGUGGGAAGAGUCAGUGCCAAAAGCCUAAAGAAAGCCUUCAGGCCCAAAGAAAGUCUCCAGGCCCGGUAGCUGCACAGGUUUCUGUAACUGAGGAGGAAGCUUCCUCCUCCUCUCUUUCUCCUUUGAUCCAGGAGACUCCAAACACGCUUGCUGCUGGAAUAUCAAGUGUUCCCCAGAGUUCCCAGGGAGCCUGCUCCUCCCCCCCUGCCAUCAAAGCCAUUCCAUCAAGCAAAUCAAAUGAGGGCUCCAGCAGGCAAGAGGGUCCAGGCACCUCGCAGGCUCCACCAAAUCCUGAGUCCUUGUAUGCUGAAGGGCUACAAAAGAAGGUGGCUGAAUUGGUGAAAUACCUGAGUAGCAAGUAUUUAACAAAGGAGCCCGUCACAAAGGCAGAAAUGCUGAAGAGUGUCAUCAAAGAGCACAAGGAUCACUUCCCUGAGAUCUUCCAGAAAGUCUGUGAGUGCAUGGCGGUUGUCUUUGGCAUUGAAGUGAAGGAAGUGGACCCCACCAGCCACUCCUAUGUGUUGGUCAAAAUACUAGACCUCACCUAUGAUGGGCUAGUCUGUGACGACCAGGGCAUGCCCAAGACUGGCUUCCUGAUACUAAUCUUGGGCAUAAUCUUCAUGGAGGGUAACCGUGCCCCAGAAGAGAGAAUCUGGGAAGUGCUGAAUAUGAUUGGGGUGUAUGCUGGUAGGGAGGAUUUCAUCUAUGGGGAACCCAGGAAGCUCAUGACCAACGAUUUAGUGAAGGAAAAGUACCUGGAGUGUCAGCAGGUGCCCAACAGUGAUCCUCCACGCUACGAGUUCCUGUGGGGUCCAAGAGCCUAUGUUGAAACCACCAAGAUGAAAGUCCUGGAGUUUUUCACCAGGGUCACUGGGACUGAUCCCACUGCCUUCCCCCGCUGGUAUGAGGAUGCUUUGAGAGAUGAGAGAGAGAGAGCUGAGGCCAGCGCUGCCUCCGGUGAUGGUACUACCACCACGGCUAGUGAGAGCUCCAGUGUCACAUCCAGCAGCUUCUCCUGUCCUGAGUAA